AUGCUGCUUGCGAAAGUGCGCAAUGCAGCGCCUCCAAAAGCAGAUCGAUUGGCGAGUUUCAUUGGCUUCGGUGUGGUGGUGCAGCAGCUAUCUGACCAUCUAGAAGCUACAGGGUUAACUUCGCAUCUGGUGAACCCCAUGCUUAUUCAAGAGCUGAUAGAGAAGCUACCAGCAGGGACGCAGCUGGAAUGGGUACGAUACCGAAGGAAGAGCAAGGUGGUGACGCUGCGGACAUUGUCAAAUUUCCUGUCACGUAUAGUGAAGGAUGCAAGUGAAGUGGCUGCCUACGGAGAAGCAUCCCGGUCCGGAGAGGUCGGAUCAAAGAAGGUGAACCCGAGAAGCAGAGCAAGCGAAGGGUACAUUCAUGCCCAUGACGCGGCGGAGAGUAUAAGUUCGAGUCCGCCUGCGAAGGAGAGAAGGCCGUGUAGGAUCUGUGGAAGAGUAGAUCACCGGAUCCGUAACUGCGAGAGGUUCCGUAGACUCCACUACAGUGAGCGAUGGGAAGCGGUUCGCAGAUGGAAGCUAUGCCAGCUGUGUCUGAACGAGCACGGUACUGUCAGCUGCAAGUUGAAUUUUCGUUGCAACAUCGGCGGGUGCAAGGAGCGCCACAAUCCACUUCUGCAUCCACCGAGAUCAGUGGCUGGCUCGAACUGCAAUAUCCACGCUAUUCAACCAAAGCCAUCCGUUAUUUUCCGUAUGAUGCCUGUCACCCUGCACAGCGGAAUCUACUCGGUGAAUACCUUUGCCUUCCUGGACGAAGGUUCUUCCUAUACGCUGGUGGAGAACACGCUGAUCGACCGACUGAGAAUUCGUGGUGUAACGCAGCCACUACGAGUGACGUGGACCGCUGGAGUCUCACGAGUCGAGAAGGACUCGCAGUGUGUAAACAUGCUCAUUUCCGCUCGAGGAUCAGCGCAACGUUUCUUCAUCAAGAGUGCCCACACGGUGGAGAGUCUCAAGCUUCCGCAGCAUUCACUAGCUGUGUCGGAAGUGGUGAAGCAAUACAGCCACCUUCGAGAUCUGCCGAUCGCAGAUGUUCCCCAAACAACGCCACAGAUUCUGAUCGGGCUGAAGGAUAUCCAUCUUUACGCUCCGAUUGAGUCUAGAAUAGGCCGGCCGGAAGAACCUAUAGCAGUCAGGUCAAAACUGGGAUGGACUGUCUACGGACCAACUGGCGCGAAUGCCACGGAAGGUGGAAUCGUCGGGCAUCACGCUUGUAGCUCGGUAACCAACCAGGAGCUGCACGACCUGCUGAAGAGUCAGUACACUCUGGAAGAAUCCGGUAUUUCUGUGGCCUUGCUUCCCGAGUCAGAAGAAGACAGAAGAGCAAAAGAGAUUCUGAGGAAGACGACAAAAAGAAUAGGAGAUCGCUUCGAAACGGGACUGCUGUGGAAAAACGACUGCUCCGAGUUCCCAGAAAGCUACCUCAUGGCCGUUAAGCGGCUGAUUGGCCUGGAGAAUCGUCUCAGUAAAGAUCCUGAACUGUACGCCAAGGUGAGGACCAUGAUCGCCGACUAUCUAGUCAAGGGGUACGCACACAAGGCAACGUCGUCCGAGCUAGAAGCGCUAGGUUGCAGCAAAGUGUGGUACGUGCCACUGAAUAUCGUCUACAAUCCGAGAAAGCAGAAGUUUCGUCUAGUGUGGGACGCAAGAGCAGAAGUGAGAGGAGUAUCUUUGAACUCGAAGCUGCUGAAGGGGCCGGAUAUGCUGACCGCCUUGCCGGCGGUAAUUUGCAAGUUUCGUGAACGAGAAGUCGGAUUCGGGGCGGACAUAAAGGAGAUGUACCACCAGCUACGGAUCCGAGAAGAAGACAAACGAGCGCAGAGAUUUUUGUUCCGGAAUGAUCCAUCAGCGAAACCGGAAGUGUACGUGAUGGUCGCAAUUCCGGCGGCGGCGAAAGCCAUCGUCGAAAAUCACUACGUCGACGACUAUUUCGACAGUUCAGAUACAAUCGAAGAAGCAGUGGCACUUGCGAAGGAUGUGAGAUACGUCCAUUCCAAGGGCGGUUUUGAGUUGCGAAACUGGGUUUCCAAUUCCAGAGAGUUUCUGGAGGCCAUGGGAGAACGUAAGGAAAAUCAGUGCGUGCGUUUCGGUGAGGAUAAGGAGUCCGGCUCCGAGCGGGUGUUGGGGAUCGUGUGGAGCCCAGCAAACGACGAAUUUUCCUUUUCGACCAUGCUCAGGAACUAG